AUGAGCAAUUUAGAAUAUCAGUUGAAAAGCAAGACCGAGGAUCCAGCAUCUCUGUCUCUCAUCAAAAUUGGAAAUGAAGGUUUAGUGGGGGGCAGUGAUGCCCCAGCCAGCUAUACCUCUGUCUCGUUGGAUACAAUGACAGAAAUCAAGAUGGAAUUCAAGACAGAAGUGGAGGAGUCUUAUGAGUCUGAUGACGACUUAGAGUUUCGCUGUGAGGAUUUUACAUCAGCCUUCGAAGCUGAAGGCGAUUCACUGCCUAUCAAAAAGGAAGUCGUUAAGAAGCCCUCUUUGACCCAUGUUGAGAUCCACACGGGAGAGAGGGCCUUUGUGUCCAAGGACUGUGGAAAGUCGUUCUCCAAAAAAUCAAGUCUCAGGAAACACAUGGCAAUCCACAUGGGGGAGAGGGCUUUCACCUGCAAUGACUGUGGGAAGUCAUUCUCCUCCAAAUCAAAUCUCAAGGCCCACAUGUUGAUCCACACAGGGGAGAGGCCCUUUGUGUGCAAGGACUGUGGGAAGUCGUUCUCCCAUAAAUCGCAUCUGAAGACCCACAUGGUGAUUCACACAGGGGAGGGGAACUUUGUGUGCAAGGACUGGGAGAGGGCCAUGGGGCAUGUGCAAAGGAAUGUGGGAAAUCGUUUCCAAAAAUCAUAUCUCAAGAUCCACGUGGCGAUCCAUAGUAGGAAGAGGGCCAUUGCCUGCAAGGACUGUGGGAAGACAUUCUCCCAGAAAGCAAAACUCAAGACUCACUUGGCAAUACACAAGGGGGAGAGGCCCAUCAUAUGCAAGGACUGUGGAAAGUCAUUCUCUCAAGAAUCAAAUCUCAAGAUCCACAUGGUGAUCCACACGGGGGAGGGGGCCUUUGUGUGCAAGGACUGUGGGAAGUCAUUCUCCCAUAAUUCAUUCUCAAGCGCCACAUUGUCCGGUCACACGGGGAAGAGGCCCUUCGUGUGCAAGGUCUGUUGGAAGUCGUUCUCCCAAAAAUCAUAUCUCAAACAACACAUGAUCUUCCACACCGGGAAGAGACCCUUUGCGUGCAAGGACUGUGGGAAGUCGUUCUGUCGGAAAUCAAAUCUUAAGACCCACUUGGUGAUUCACACAGGGGAGAGACCCUUCGUGUGCAAUGACUGUGGGAAGCUGUUCUCCAGUAAAGCAAGUCUCAAGAGACACAUGGCUAUCCACACGGGGGAGAGGACUUUCACAUGCAAUGACUGUGGGAAGUUGUUCUCCCAGAAAUGGAGUCUCAAGACCACAUGGUGA